AUGCAGUCUAUUAGAUUUUUAAGAUUAUUUUCAACUUCAAAACCUACUCUUUUACGUUGUGGAAGUAAACAAAAAUAUUCAAAUGGUUAUUCAGUUAAAUUUGGAGGACAUCUAAAAAAAAUAGCUAUUGGAACAGGAACAACAGGAACUUUAUUAGGGUUAUCUUUCUGGGGAUCAGCCACAAAGGAUGAUGAUGAUAAUUCAAGGUUCUCUGCUAUUCCAUCUAAAAACAAAGAAGUACAUAAUUUAGAUUUGAUUAUUCGUGAAACGGAUGCAUUAUAUAAUAAUUAUCUUAUUGACAAUGCAUAUGCAAUAUUAAGAAAACAUUCAUCAGGUACAAAUCCUGAAUUAUUGUGGAGAUUAGCAAGAGUUUUAUGUGAAAAAGGAAAAAUUUCCAAAAACAGUGAGGAGCGUAAAAUAUUUUUUAUGGAAGCAUAUAAUGUUUGUAAAAAAGCUUUAGAUAAUGAACCAAUUGAGGGAUCAUUUGGUGCUCAUAAAUGGAUGGCAAUAAUUUUAGAUUAUGUUGGUGAAAUAGAAGGAAGUAAAUCAAGAAUAAAAAAAAGUUAUGAAGUUAAAGAACAUUUAAAUAGAGCUUUAGAAUUAAAUCCUUUAGAUGCAACUACUUGGUACAUACUUGGUGUAUGGCAUUUUACAUUUGCUGAUAUGCCAACAUAUCAAUAUUACAUUGCUAAAACUAUUUUUAGUACACCUCCUUCUAGUACAUAUGAAGAAGCUUUAAGUUAUUUUGAAAAAGCUGAAGCUGUACAACCUGAUUUUUAUUCAAAGAAUACAUAUUAUUUGGCAGAAUGUUAUGAUCGUUUAGGAAAAAAAGAAGAAGCUAAACUUUUUUAUAUGAAAGCAUUUAAAAUGCCUGUUAUUAGUGUAGAUGAUAAAGAAGUUCAUGACAAUGCUUAUAAAAAAUUAAAAGCAUUAGGUGUUAAAGAAAAUGAAUUUGUUAAUUAA